AUGGCAAAGCAGAUGGGAAGCAUCCACCGUGGGGAGAUGGACCAGAGCACUGAUCCCAAGCAUAGACAAAUGGAGGAGGUGCAGGCACCGGCAGUUGGACUACCAUCUUACACAAGCAAAACCGACACUAAAUGUUUAUACUGUGAUAGAGAGGACAGUGCAGAGCACACGCUGAUCAGCUGCCCACGCUGGACCUCGCAGAGACUGCGGAUAUGCGAAACCCUCGGGAGAGAGACAGAAGCUCUGACGCCGGCGAGCGUGGUGGAAGGCAUGCUGGACACGGCCGAAAAGUGGGGAGCAAUACAGGAAUGCAUUAUUGAUAUCAAGAAGUCGAAGAGUGUAGAACUUGCGGGAGGAGACGGAUAA